AUGUCCUUCAACAAAUUAGGCCUCACGAGCGGCCUCUUCAUCGCGAUAUGUCUCCUAAUAAUUUCAACAUCGGCCGGCCUGCACAUGGGUGGAAGUGACGUCCUGGGAAAGAUCAAGGAAUCAGCAAAGGACACGAAGAACCAUCUGUGUAACAGCGACAAGCUGGGUUCUGGAGACUCUAUUGGCAGCGCAUUCUGGAAACUUUACGAACAUAUCCGGCAUCCGAUUGGAGAAUCUACAUAUAAGGAUCAGGGAGGGAGGAUCCAUGGGGUUCAUGAAGAUGCGCCAUGGUGGACAGAACCACUAAAGAACCAAGUGUUGAUCGUUGAUAUCGAUACGAGAAUUCCGAACAAGAAAGGCGCGUUAUGGAACGAGACUCGCAUGGACUGGGAGACUUUGAGUGCAGAGGGUUACCAAGGCGUGGGUAGCGCAAGCUUCAUGAAUCAUUUCUAUUAUUCAAAAAUACACGGCUACGACUACAAGUUCAUCAAUGCACAUGAUAUGGGAGAGGGCAUACACAACACAUGGGUCAAGCCACACAUUCUCUAUGCGCUUCUCAAAAGCUACAAAUUCGUCGUAUUCAUUGAUGCCGACGCAACAUUUCAACACCUCGAAGUACCACUCGAAUGGCUCUUCAACCGAUGGGGAAUCACACCAAAAACCAGCGUUGCAAUGCCUGUCGACACACGAGAAGACCGUGAUGGCGACACACACGUAUCAGAAGACAGCCGCGGCAGGACAGUUCUCAAUUCGGGCUUCAUCGUUGCACAGGCCCUCCCUUAUACUUUCGACAUGUUCACAGCAUGGAAAGAAUGUCCGACAGGGACCCGCUAUCCCGAUUGCAAUCAUUGGGCGGACGUCUGGUCUCACGAGCAAAGGGCGUUUUCGGAAUACAUCCGCUACGACUUCAACCCCAACGGCACCAACAUCGUCGAAAUCGCAUGCGACGAUGCCAUGGGAUACCCUGGGAUCAUUGAAAACGAAACGAUCGUGAGCAAUUGCACAGGGCAAUUCAUCAGACAUCACACUCUUGACAAGUCAAUGACGAAGAAGAGCACCCAGAUAGCUAUGAUGCAGAGUCUAACAGACCUGCUGCAUCAGGAGCUGCACGAUAACAACAAUACGUACAUGGUCAAGGAGAAGCAAAAUGACACUCUUGUGGCUAAUCACAAGAAUACAGCACCCUCAUUGCCGAAACCCCUCGCAUACAUGUAUCUGUUGGAACGCUGA